AACAAUGAGUAGCUUUAUUAGGAUGCCCAUGUAACAAUAUAAAACCAAGACUGACUGCGCAUGCGUAGUGUAUAAGCGGAAGCCGUAUGUGCGCCAGGCGGAAACGGUAACGUCCUUUCUGCUCCCGGACUGCCAUCAUGGUGUUUAAACGCUUCGUUGAGAUCGGCCGUGUUGCCUACAUCUCUUUCGGACCCCAUGCUGGCAAGCUGGUGGCCAUCGUAGAUGUCAUCGACCAAAAUAGGGCUCUUGUUGAUGGUCCCUGCACAGGCGUGAAGAGGCAAUCCAUGCCCUUCAAGUGCAUGCAGCUUACAGACUACGUCAUCAAAGUCCCUCACAGUGCCCGCCAGAAGUUUGUGAGGAGAGCCUGGGAAAAGGCUGAAGUCAAUCAGAAGUGGGCACAAAGCAGCUGGGCCAAGAAGAUCGAAGCAAGACAGAAGAGGGCCCAAAUGUCUGACUUUGACCGCUACAAGGUGAUGAAGGCCAAGAGGAUGAGGAAUAAGAUCAUCAAGCAUGAGGUGAAGAAGCUCCAGAAGGAGGCAGCAAAGAAGUGAACAGUUCUCACAAAAUAAAUCGCCUGUUCAAUUGUU